AUGGACAGCACCGGCAACGCCACCCUGCUCUUCGGCACCGACAACGCCACCCUGCUCUUCGGCCAGUCCACGCUGCUCCCGGACAAUUACACCUUGUCGCCCACCGCCAGCAGCCUGAGUCCCGGCCAGGACGCACCCCUCACACCGGCCUCCAGCGCCGGCCCCGGCCCCGUGCUCAGUGUGGCACCCGGGCCCGGAGUCAGUUUCAGCCCCGGCCCCACUCCGACCCCGGCGCCGACGGCCGGCAGCUUCGCGGGCGGGGCGGGUGGCCCAAGCCCGACCCUGUUCGCUCGGCCCGAGGCGGCCCACGAGCCCCCGUUCUGGGACACGCCGCUGAACCACGGGCUGAACGUGUUGGUGGGCGCCGCCCUGUGCAUCACCAUGCUGGGCCUGGGCUGCACGGUGGACGGGAACCAUUUCGGGGCUCACGUCCGCCGGCCGGUGGGCGCGCUGCUGGCCGCGCUCUGCCAGUUCGGCUUCCUGCCGCUGCUGGCCUUCUUGCUGGCGCUCGCCUUCUCCCUGGACGGCUCGGCCGCCGUGGCGGUGCUCCUCUGUGGCUGCUGUCCCGGGGGGAAUCUCUCCAACCUCAUGUCCCUGCUCGUGGACGGCGACAUGAACCUCAGCAUCAUCAUGACCGUCUCCUCCACUCUCCUGGCCCUGGUCUUGAUGCCUCUGUGCCUGUGGAUCUACAGCCGGCCUUGGAUCGACACUCCCCUGGUGCAGUUACUACCCAUAGGGACAGUGAUCCUGACCCUCUGCAGCACUCUCAUCCCCAUUGGUUUAGGCGUCUUCAUUCGCUACAGAUACAGCCGGGUGGCUGACUACAUUGUGAAGAUUUCCCUCUGGUCUCUGCUAAUGACGCUGGUGGUCCUUUUCAUAUUGACCGGCACUAUGCUAGGACCCGAACUGUUGGCCAGUAUUCCAGCAGCUGUUUAUGUGGUAGCGAUUUUUAUGCCUUUGGCAGGCUAUGCCUCAGGCUACGGCUUAGCUACUCUCUUCCAUCUUCCGCCCAACUGCAAGAGGACGGUGAGCCUGGAAACAGGGAGCCAAAAUGUGCAGCUCUGUACCGCCAUCCUGAAACUGGCAUUUCCACCACAAAACAUAGGAAGUAUGUACAUGUUUCCCUUGCUUUAUGCCCUUUUCCAGUCUGCGGAAGCAGGGAUUUUUGUUUUAAUAUAUAAAAUGUAUGGAAGCGGAGUACUGCACAAGCAAGAUCCUCUAGAAGAUGAAGAUACAGAUAUUUCUUAUAAGAAACUGAAAGAAGAGGAAAUGGCAGACACGUCCUAUGGCACAGUGAAAGCAGAUAAUUUAAUUAUGAUGGAAACCACUCAGACUUCGCUCUAA